AUGCAAACGGAACCGAGAUUAUCAGCAGGCUACGACGGCUACUGCAACUGCAAGGAACACUGCGAUGGAGUGGAGAGGCUGGUAUCUCGCUCAACCUGGUACUCCCAUGCCGCGUAUCGCGCGAAGAUCACCCAGACGUUCACUGAGUUUAUUGCGGGCCAAAGAGGUCUCGACAAUCCUGCUCCUGCACGGAGACACGAGAACAGUUCAUCCUUCCUAUGCAAACGCGAACGCGAUCACCAGGGAGCAUCCGGAUCCACCUUAGCCAGAGAUAGCCAAGAGCAAGUCCCCAAGCGGAGGUGCAUGAAUAACAACUACGACGUACCGAAUGAGGGGAAUAAAAACUCUGCUGAACGAUCCGCAGGCAUCGCUUGCGAGCACGAGACUUCGAAUGAUGACCUCAAUGCAGCAGCCAACGAUUCAUCGUACGAAGACUCGCGAGACGACAGGGAUGCAGCAACAGGGUUCCAAAUCAGCACACACCAGCUCCAGAACAGCGAACAAGAUUUCCUUGGCACACAGAAACACCUCAGCUUGAGAGGUGGGCUGAAGGGGAAUCAUGCUUCCAGUUACAGUGAGCUGAGAAUACGCUAG